AUGGCUGAGCCCACCUGCUCGGAACAGUUGGUGUCCAGCUGGUGUCGUCUGAGGUCAAAAGGCCAACUCCAGCCUCCCCUGAGGUUCCGGUUCUGCGGAGACUUGGACUGUCCUGACUGGGUCCUGGCCGAAAUCAGCACCUUGGCCAAAAUAUCCUCAGUGAAGCUGAAGCUCAUCUGUGGCCAGGUGCUCAAGGACCUGCAGGGAGAGGGGAUUGAUUAUGAAAAGAUCCUGAACGCAAACCUGAGACUGGCUCUGCCUCUGUCCUCAGUGAACCGUCUGGACUCUGUGUCCUGGAGGGUGGAUCACACGCUCAGCUCCAGCGAGCUCCAGCAGGUCAAUGAGCCCCUUGUGCACCUGAAGUUCACCGUGCGCGACAGGGACCGAGGCGUGACGGAGCCCUUUGCCAUGACCAUGUCGGCAGAGAAGUUCCGGGUCUUACUGGCAGAGCUGAGACAGGCCCACGCCAUGAUGAAAACUCUCAGCUGAGGAGCUGGGAGG